GUCAAAGAAACGACUGUAAACACAAACAAUUUUUGAAUUUUUGACGUUUAAACAGACUUUUUUUCAAGAAAAAUUAACUGUAAAUUGUGAGUAAUGGUCUAAAUAACGGCAAAGAACGAUGUCUGUGUGUUUACGCUCAUUUUUGAGGAACAACGUCAGGUCCGUAGUCCAGAAUGUUAUCACACGAUCAUUCACAGCUUCCGAAGGAACACGAGCUGCCGGAUCACCUCCAAUUGGAGCCGGAUGUCCUUCCCUAGAAGAUGACAAACCGUGCCGUCACAACAGACUCAGAGGCCUCGUCUUGGGCAUGUACGAAAAUCCCGACGACUUGUUCGAUCCCGGAAAACUAACGCCCACUGGAGAAAGGUACAAUGCCAUGGUGUGCGGCAGGCUGUACGAGCUCAUACAGUUUGCGGGAAAACCCCCGAAAAAAGGCCAGGUGAGGGUCUACUUUAAUUUGGAUGAAGAUUUCAGUUGUGUGGCUGUUGUGGGACUAGGACGGGAAUGCCAGGGAUACGAUGUUUUCGAACAAAUGGAUGAAGGAAAAGAAGCGAUUAGAGAAGCUUCCGCUCAAGGCGCCAAGGCCGUGCAAAAGAUGAACGCUCAGAAGGUGUACGUGGAAAGUUUCGGACAUGCCGAAUCCGCGGCGGAGGGAUCCGCCCUCGGCGUGUGGCUGUACCAGGAGAAGAAGAUGAAGAAGAAUCAAAUGUUCAUUCCCCAAUUGGAGCUGUACGACGACUGCGACUGGACCGGCUGGCAAAUCGGAUUGCAGAAAGCCGCAGCUCAGAACUUGGCCAGACAAUUGAUGGACACUCCGGCUAACUUGAUGACGCCCACUUCUUUCGCUCAGAAUGCUGUGGAAGUGUUGUGUAAAUCUGGUGUCAACGUUGAAGUAAAAGUUCGUGGUUGGGCCGAAACUCAGAAGAUGUACGCUUUCCUGGCCGUGGCGCAAGGUUCCUGUGAACCCCCCAUAUUCCUGGAACUCAGUUACUAUGGGGCAUCCAGAGACGAACGUCCUGUGGUAUUAGUCGGUAAAGGUAUUACCUACAAUAGUGGCGGACUCUGUAUUAAACCCAGCAACAAGCAAAGGUUCAUGAGAGGCGACAUGGGGGGAGCCGCGUGCGUUGUCGCUGCAUGUCGCGCCGUUGCCGGUUUGCAGCUGCCCAUCAACGUGCGCGCGCUGAUUCCUCUUUGUGAAAAUAUGCCCGGUUGCGCUGCCAUGAGACCUGGAGAUAUCGUUAAGGCUAUGAAUGGUAAAAGCAUCAAGAUUGAAUCUACAGACACCGCUGGUCGGUUGUGUCUGGCGGAUGCCCUUGUCUACGCUCAGAACUUUUGGCCCAGGUUCAUUGUUGACGUAGGCACCAUGACCAACGACAUGAAACACUCCCUCGGAGCCUCUGCCAGCGGAGUCUUCUCCAACUCGGAAGCGCUGUGGGAGUACAUGCUGGCCGCGUCCAUGCACACCGGCGAUCGCGUGUGGCGUUUCCCCCUGUGGGAGCACUUCACCAAGCUGGUGGCCCACCACCACGCGGUGGACGUGAAAACGUACGGCCGCGGUGGUAGGCCGCGUUGCGGCGAGGCCUGCAAGGUGGCCGCGUUCCUGAACGAGUUCGUGCCUUGCGGCGAUUGGCUGCACAUGGACACCUACGGCGUGAUGAAUACCGACGGCAAGGACUACGCGUACUUGAGGAGGGGAAUGUCGGGUAGACCGACCAGGACUCUGGUGGAGUUCUUGUCGCAGCUGGUGUGCCAUAGGGAGUGAAAUACUGGUGGAUGAAAGAGUGAUGGUUGAGUUUGUACUUUUUUUAUAUAUUGUAUAUAUUUU